AUGACAAAGCUCAACCAACUAAGGAAGAAGCGGGACACAGCUAGAAGGGUGCUUGUUAAUGCACUAGAACCUGAAGAGGACUCAAUUCGCACCUUCAAUAGCCAACAAGACAAACCGUCAGUCUACGAACAAAUAGCAAGUCGACUGUCGCGCCUACAUCGACUAGAAGAAGACUCUAUCGCCGCGCAUCGUGAAUUGUACGACCACUUAGAAGUAGAUGAUCCAGAAUUCGACGAGGUUAUAAAGGAUAGCCAGGAACUGUCCAACAGAUGUGCUCGGGUCGAUUCGUUCGUCGAGAAACACAGAGUUGUUUACAAUCAACCGCAACAAAGUCAAAUCAACGCCAGCGCGCGUAACCAGUCUCAUAAUUCUGCGGACCAACAUGUUCAAUUCCCACUAUCACUGACAUACAGAUCGUCUAUGCAACUACCUAAAUUGGAAAUCCCUAAAUUCAGCGGAGACGCACUCCAGUGGAACCAGUUUCACGACAAUUUCUCAUCUGCGAUCGACAGUGAUGACCGAUUAUCCGAAGUUCAGAAACUCACCUAUUUGAAGAGUUUCCUCACAGACGAGGCCAAACGGACAAUAGAUGGCUUACAAACUACGCAAGCCAACUAUAAAAUCGCCUUCGAUUUGUUGAAAGAGCGCUACGGACAACCCAAGAUGAUUAUCGACGCUCACAUGCGGUCACUUUGGGCGCUACCGGCUCCGAACAACGAUCCCACGAGUCUAAGACGCUUCCACGAUGAGGUCGAGACUACGAUACGCGGUCUACGAGUUCUACACAUGAACGAGAGCAGUUACGGAGCUCUUUUGAUCCCCAUGUUGUUGGAUAAAUUGCCAAUUACCUUCCAACAACAACUCGCACGCAAUCACGGGGAUGACGAUUGGACACUCACCGGACUGACCGCUGCUAUGCGAGCAGAAAUACGAGCUCUCUCUGUCGGCAAUACAUUCUCUACACUUUCCUGUGACGAUGAGACUGAUACAAAGUCUACAGUUGCCGCCUUCUACACAAAUACACACGCGAAGAAACCCUACAAACCGAGAAAACCCGCCUAUAAGCCGCCCGCUGAACGUAAAUGCGUCUACUGUCAAGAAAUGCACAACCCAACUUCAUGCAUUAAAGUGGCUACCCCAGAACUAAGAUUGCAGUAUGUCAAAACCAAUCAGCUGUGCUUUAAUUGUUUGGGAUCUCAUAAAGCCAACUCCUGUAAGUCAAAGUAUAGUUGCAAAAUAUGUAAGAAGCGACACCAUACUUCGCUACAUCGUCAUAACAAACAAUCGAACGACAAUAGCUCAAACAAUUCAGGCUCUGAAACUCCCCCUGUGAGUGUGAAUUUUACCCAUGCUUCACAGAAAUUGGCGAACCGAAGCGAUCGGUACUCGGGCGAUCGUAAUAUUACAUCGAGUAAUCCCCCAAACCGUGUGUUGCUAAAAACAGCCACUAUUCCAGUCUCUUACCGUGGUAAAAUGGUCUACGCUACAGCUCUGUUUGAUGAAGGAGCCGAUCGUAGUUUUGUGACUCACAAUCUCGCCCAAAGGCUUAACGCCAACGUACAUUUCACUGAACAACUCAGAUUGAAGUCGUUCAACAACCCGGAUGCCGAAUGCAAAUCCGUGCCAUGUACUACGUUACAACUACAUACUAGAAACGGACAGAAAAAGCCCAUCGAUGUUCUAUACGUUAAGGAAAUUUCCGAUAAGCUCACUAAUGUGACAACCAAUAUUACCAACAUGCCCCAUUUGCGAGGAUUAAAUCUAGCCCAAAAACCGAUGCCCAGCGAGUCUACUAUAAGAAUAGACAUUCUGAUUGGAGCCGACAAGUACUGGGACUAUGUCCGUAAUCAUGUUAUUAGAGGCCCGGGACCCACCGCCGUCGAUUCCGUGUUCGGAUAUUUACUUUCGGGGCCUGUCGACCGAAACCACGUAACACGCGCCGCGGCAUUCACUGGUUGA